CUUUCACAUUGACGGGGACCAUGCGGUUCGGAUCGGCGGCACUUUGCGCGUUUUUCUGGCUUGGGAAUGCCGCUGAUGCAUGCCGCGACGUCGCGACGAAAGGAUUACCUGUAAAUUGGGUGUGGCUUGGUGCGCUCACCAGCAACUCCAUACGCCUUCGCACGUCGGUGACGUUUGUCGACCCAGGAUGCGACCCCACCAAAUUGUCGAUGUGGGUGACCCAGGAUACUGAGUCGACGUCGCAUCUGCGAUUUCCCGGCUCGUCGCAAUCCAUGUCGUCCACAACCUCAAUCUUCGACUUCCACGCCACGGGCCUAACUCCGGGUGCUUCCAUUGCGUACGAGAUUCGUUAUGACGAGUCAACGGUGGUGAAGCGAUCGGCGCGGUCAGUUCGCCUUCCACCGUCGCCUGGCGCGCCCGUGUCCUUCAAAUUUGCCUUUUCAUCAUGCGCCGACGAGGAUUCGGAUCCUGAGGUGUUUCAGCAAAUUGCAUCGCACGAUCCACAGUUUUUCGUCCACAUGGGUGACUUGCACUAUGCAAAUCUAGAAGUGAACGACGUCAAUGCGUUCCGAGGCGCGUACGAGUCCAUGUUUGCGUCUCCCGCGGGACAGGCCAUGCUCAAAAUGGAGUUGCCGAUGGCAUAUAUGUGGGACGACCAUGACUUUGGCCCCGACAACUCGGACAGCACCGCGCCAGGUCGUCCCGCUUCCUUGCUAGCGUACCGGGAAUACGUGCCACAUUACCCCCUCCAUCGCCCAAACGACCCGCUAGACACGAUUCAGCAAGUGUUUACGAUCGGCCGCGUGCGAUUCAUCGUCACGGAUUUGCGGUCACAGCGCACUCCGAACGACGCGCCCGACGUGCCGUCCAAGACAAUCUUGGGAGCCGAUCAAAAGCAGUGGUUCAAAGAUCAAGUUCGAGCCGCAACGACGUCGACAGACGUGGGUUUGAUUGUGUGGGUAAACACGAUGCCAUGGAUCGACGACGAGCGAAAAUGGGGACACUUUACCCACGAACAGAAAGACCUCGUGGCGUUCUUUGCCACACAAGAUCUGGUGUCCGUCCCGUUGGUGAUUAUCAGCGGGGACGCGCACAUGCUCGCAGUUGAUGACGGAAGCAACAGCCCUGGCAACAUCACGACGUUCCACGCGGCCGCCAUGGGACGACCAGGGUCUGUCAAAGGAGGGCCGUACAGCCAUGGGGCGAUUCCUGGGUCAGGGCAAUUUGGACUGUUGGACGUUCACGACGUCGGUGAUCGCAUUUGUUUAAGAUACAGUGGUCGACGAGGCGCCACCGAAAUGUUGGCGUACGACACGUGCCAGCCAUCCGUUCCUGGCUCGUAUACGCCGUACACCCCACCGUCGAGACCUGUGCGAGUGAUCAUGCGGGCGCUAAAGAAGGCAUUGUCUCGACUCGAGAAGAAAUGGAACGCGGUGAGUCCGUCCCAUCUCGUCGCGUGGGCGGCAUUGGUCGCGUGUGUCGUGGGGAUUAUGUCGUGGCGCCGUCAACAUCGAUCAGCCCAGAAAGUGAAACACAAGUAAUCCAAGGAAUCACGCGAAUACACUUGCCAUGACAAAACGUUAUUCUGGCAACCGAUCACGACUUGCCCCAUUCACCACCAACGAUACCACACCGAGGGCAUGCAGUAGCGGCUCAAAUCCGAUGGCAAACUCGACGUACUGGAGGUUGUUCUGCUGGUCAAAGCUGAAGCAGAGCACGGAAUCGUUGGCUAAGUGGGCAUGGCGCUCCAGCUUGCCAUUGCUACUCAUGAACAAGCACCCGUUGCCACAACAAUCCUUCAGAGAAAAGCCGUGUGCGGACCGUACCGA